AUGCCGGCCGUCGAUGAGUCACCUUCCGAACGGAAGCAUACGAGCAGCUCUUACAGAGAUGAAUUGGCACAUUACAAGGCUCAGUAUGAGCAGCUCGAGGCGGAGCUUGCGGACUUCCAGUCCUCCAGCCGGGAGCUGGAGACCGAGAUGGAGAAGGACAUUGAGGCUUCAGAAAAGCGUGAGCGGCAACUGAAGGAGAAGGUUGAUACACUGCGAUAUGAAGUCGAUGAGUGGAAGACCAAGUACAAGCAGUCCAAAACCGAGGGCAAUACUGCCCAGAACAACCUGCAGAAAGAAAUUACUUCGCUGCGAGACGCAAACCGUACUUUGCAAUUGAAGCUGCGUGAUAUUGAAGUUGCCAACGAUGACUACGAGCGACAAGCCCGGAAUACCACUUCGUCCCUGGAGGAUAUGGAGUCCAAGUACAACAUUGGUAUUGAGCGCGGAGUUUUGCUCGAGGAAGAAAUCAGAAACGGAGAACAGGAGCGCGAACAACUGCGCAUUGACAAUCAGCGUCUCCGGGACGAGCUGUCUGAUCUCAAGAUAGAAGUUGAGAUUAUCCAAGAGAGGCUCCGGAACACCGAAGGACAUGGCUUCCGCCGCCGCAAGCCUACUCCUCUAUACCGCAGCCCGUCAACUCCUCAGACAUUAGAGAUCUUUGACCGCUCCCCUGGUACCGCUACUUCUUCCCCAGUCUUUGCUACGCCCCCCGCUAAGUCAUCCCUUGCGUCGGCGACUGCUACCCCGCCUUCACCUCCAAUCUCCGAGUCGUCUGUGAACCUUCGCAAGUCUAUCAAUGCGACACCUUCUUUCCCUCGACAGAGAGCUGCUGGGCCUGAACCGGUCAACUCUCGAACACUUCAUGCUCGGCCUCAGCCGCGCACCACUCAUUCUCGAACCCCGUCCCUCGCUUACAGCAAUGGCGCAUACAGCAAUGGCCGUUCCACUCCAUCCAUGUCUAUCUCGUCUCGCAACAGUUUAACGAGAACUAAUACCUCCCGGCCACCAGGGCUCCCCAAGUCUGGCUCGCUGUUCCAGAUCCGUGGUCUGAUUGGCAAGAUGCAGAAGCUCGAAGAGCGCGUCCAGUCCGCCAAAUCAAGACUGCCCGCGCCGUCUGACACGUCUUCCCGUGGCUCCCCUCGCUCGGGAUCUGUGGUUAGUGAAAGCCCAGUCGCCUCAUCGAUCACCGUUCGACGGAACUCCCGGAAGCGGCUGAGCGGCAGCAGCCUGGGUUCCUCCGUGCGAGACAGCGAAGGCACACCAUCAUACGUUCCACCAAGCCGUCAGUCUUUCGGACGAACCGGCGAAAGUCGCCCAAGCAGCCGAACCAGUUACUCUAGCCGCAGCUCCUUUAGCCAAAGCGUGCAUUCUGGAGUUCCACCGAAUGGCCGACCCGAAAGCCGAUCCAGUCAUACCGGUGCUAAGACACCGUUGGGCCAUUACUCGACAAAUCCAACCACGGAAAGUCGACGACCUCGUUCGUCUCUCAGCAACCACGCCGGCCAGCUCCCCAACAUCGGUAGUAUGUGCCUCAUUGACGAAGACCGUGACAUCUCCACUCCAACAACAUCCCGAACCUCCCAGGAUAUCCGCCGGCCCUCUGUCUCGGCCACUCCAACCCCAGGAGUGAAGAAGCGUACCACCAGCGGUAUCCCAGCACCCCGAAGCUUCAAGACCAGCAUCGGGCCUGGAACCAUGCCGCCUCCCAACCGGAAGACUCAAGUCAGUGACCUGGGCGAGACCUUUUGA